UCAGUGGGACACGUGACUGCCGCUGUCCAGUUGGAUGCUCUGUUAAGUGUUGACUAGCGGAGCUUGACAAUCGCACUAUCUGCUAUUAACGUAAAUAUCUCUCCCUGGAUUAAAAUAUUUACCCUAGCCUCAGCGUGAUCAUGGGACAAUGUGGUAUUAUUUCUUCGAAGACGGUUUUAGUCUUCCUAAAUCUGAUAUUUUGGGCUGCCGCAGGUAUACUGUGCUACAUUGGGGCCUAUGUUUUUAUUACAUAUGAUGAUUAUGAUCAUUUUUUUGAGGAUAUCUACACUUUCAUCCCUGCCAUGGUGAUAAUUGCUGUGGGCACGCUUCUUUUUGUCAUUGGUUUAAUUGGCUGCUGUGCCACCAUUCGAGAAAGCCCCUGCGGCCUGGUCACGUUCUCAGCAGUGCUGCUACUGGUCUUCGCUACAGAGGUGGUUGUAGUGGUGCUAGGGUAUAUUUACAGAGCCAAGGUCGAGGCUGUGGUGAAUCAGUCUAUUCAGAAAGUAUAUAAUGAAUAUAAAGGCACCAACACAGACGCUCCAAGCAGGGCCGUUGACUAUGUGCAGCGACAACUCUACUGUUGUGGCAUUCAUAACUACUCUGAUUGGAUGAACACUCACUGGUUUAUUGAGUCCAAAAACAAUAGCGUUCCAGUGAGCUGCUGCAAACCCACCAUCAGUAAUUGCACUGGGACGUUAAUGCGACCAGGAGACCUUUACCCAGAGGGCUGUGAAGUUCUUGUAGUAAAGAAACUUAAGGACAUUAUGCUGUACGUCAUACUGGCUGCAUUAACAUUCGCUGCCAUACAGAUGCUUGGGCUGCUGUGUGCAUGUGUGGUCCUCUGCCGCAGAGGUCAUGACCCUGCCUAUGAACUGCUUGUCAGCACGGGUAUAGAUGCCUGAGUACCUCAUGGCAUCAUGGGAAUGGCUGGUCCUCCCAGGCAGUGUACUAUACACGUUUAAACUAAAACAGGCUACCACUUUUCUACGCUAGUAUUAAAUCAAUACCUUUGUUUGACAAAAGAAACAAGGGGUAAAAAAUAAAAUAAAGCUUUGACAGCUUGAAUAGCCUCACACUGUUUUGAUUGUGAAGUAUUGGAUUGUUCCUUUAUUUACAGCACUACUGAUAUUUGCCAGAGUCUGAUGAGCAGAAAAUCAUCAUUCAGUUGUUUUGUAAACAAUAUUGUAAACAUUUUACACUAAUUGAUUCCAUGUGUCAUGGUAAUGUGAUAUUAUGUUUUAUUGCAAGUGUUUGUUAGGCCAAAGAAGCUUUAGACUGAAGUCACUGGUUGACAUAGUUCAGAUUUUCCCCCCUUCAUUAUUUACAGUAUGUGUUGUAGAAGUUAUCCCUUGUUAAAAAGUUGUGUCAUUUGAAUUAUUUUCAGGCAACUUUCAUUUCCUCUCAUUCAGAGUUUGAAUUCCUAUAGUGUGCAUUUACCUUUAGAGAAAUAUUAUGAUAAAGCAUCAAGCAGCAGCAUUAAACUUGCAAUUAUAACAAGGUUGCAUAACAUAAAGUGCGAAUUACACUUGCAUUCAAGUAUUUGGCAGUAAAACAAUCAAAUGUGUAGUCUAACAAAAUUAUUGUUGUGUAUUUGUAAAAUAAAAUUGAGCUUUUGAA